GGUCAGGUCACUGACCGGCCGAUAUAAGCUGCUUUGAUCUUCGCGACGUCUCGUUUAGGCUGCAUGCGGGAUCGCAGUUUACAUGCUUUUUAUAUCAAGCCUUCAUCGAGAUUCACGACGACAAAUGCCAGGUUUUGCGACGAAACGCGGCGACGGUUCACCAGAACGAGCGCAAGGCUCCGAGCUGGUCUAGUCGGGCCUACGUGGACGAAUUUCCGCCGAACACGGCAUGUUAAGGCGAAUAGGGCUAGCCUAGCCACUGCGAACAGUCGUUGACCCCGAGUCGUUCUACAGAGUGGUCAAGAUGUAUCAGACGCGAAGAGAUGUGUCAGAUUGAGAUUGUACCUGUUACUGUACUAGUCUGGUUGGGGUUGAGUCAAGGGUCCAAUCAGGGGCGUACUAAGAGUCGUCCUCGGUGGCAUAUGGAUGGAGUUGUUGAUUCGGCACACCGUGAUGGCUGACACGGUACAGCAGGUGCCGCCUCAUCGAGGUGUCCUUCGUGUCGACUCACAACACAGCCCGUGCCACCUCGUCGACGCACCAGUUUUGAGACGUCCCCAACGCUGUUGAUUACCCCAUGGCUGACACGGUGCAGCGGAUUCCGGGUAGAUUUUGAGUCAAGGCUCAAAAGUGACUCGGGUUCUGACCUCGGCACGGCACACCAUCAUGGCUGAUACAAAUCAGCCCGAUUCGCCGCAUCAGGGCCCCACAGGAGCCAAAGCGAGCCACGGAUUGCACCACCGUCACGCGCCCGAGCUGCCUAGCAACUCCCUAACGAGCCACUCUUUGAAUCACUCCUCAGAUUCCCGUUUAACCCACUCUUUAACUCACUCCCUAGCCUACUUUCCCUUCGAUCAUUCAGUAUCUGAGUUAGCUCGUUCCUUAGUCCCCUCCGCAAUAGGCCGUGCUGGGAGGCCGCUGUUUAACCGACUGACGGCCAGACUGCUCGGCGGCGGCGUGAUGCUGCUCCUGAGAGCGAAGAUCCUCGUUAUAGUCUUCGUAGUGCUGACGUCAGCUUUCGCAGCGGUGCACUGGCCGCUCAGGCGCUCGUGGCGGGUAGAUUUCAGGCGUGAUGCAACGGAUUCCCAUGCGCCCCUCCCCUCCCCUGCCCCCAUCGCGGUGUGCCUGGUGGGGUCGGCGCGUGCCUUUGAGGCUACGGGGCCCUCGCUGUUGCGCCACAUCCUGCUGCCUGCCCGCCCGUCGCACCUCUUGCUGCCCGCCCGCCCGUCGCACCUCUUCCUGCACGCCCCAUUAGAUGAAACCGCAGCCAAACUCAGCUUCUUGCGAAACUUCGUUACCAGCAGUAGCAGCAGCGGCAGCAGCAGCACUGGUAGCAGCGGUAGCAAUAGUCCCAGUAAGGAAUCUGGUAGGGAAGGGGAGGUGGGGAAUAGUGACGUGGCAGCUCGGGAUUGGGCGCGUUUGGUGCAGGAGAACGCCGUAGCAUCCGUCCGAAUCUUCCCGAACAGUGACGUGGAUGAGACAAAAUACCCCACUGGGGUCAUGUACACCAAGGACUCGCCCAGUGGCCUGCAGGGCCUGCUACAGUACUUUCGGCUGGUGGAGGGCUGCUGGGACAUGAUCCAAUCGUUUGAAGCCACGUCAGCACGUGAAGCCACGUCAGCAGCACCCUCCCUGCGCUACCCCUGGAUCGUGCGAGCCCGCCUCGACUCCCUCUGGACCGCCCCCGCCCCGAUCCCCCCCCCGCCCACGCUGCCCCUCCCCCUCCCCCUCGUGGCCCCCGCAGCAGCAGCCGAUUCAGCUGCUGGCUUGACAGAUGGCAGCAGUAAGGCGGUUGGGGGAUUCGCCUACACUGUCCCCUACGGGUGGGACUGGUGGGGGCUCAACGACCGGUUUGGCGCUGGGGGCAGGGAGGCCAGUGGCGUGGCUAUGAGGCGGCUGAGAGCGCUGCACUUGCUGGAAAGGAAUCGAAUGAGGGACCUCAACUCGGAGCGAGCCUUCAAGGCCCAGCUGGCCCUAGGGAACGUCAAAGUGCAGAGGGCGAAUGUGCCCUUCUGUGUGCUCAGCCGCCGCACCUACUGGGACGGCUGUGCGCCCACUGUCUUCUCUAUCAACUCGUCCGUCCUGCUAAAUGGCGCCAAGUGCCGCCCGUGCAGCCGCCCAUGUGCGACAGGUGACAAGGCACGAGCCCUAAUAGCCCCACUCGGCCCUUCCGACCCCAACUGGCCGGGGCCAGGAGUAGUGGAGGGCGAGGUGGGGGUGUGUGACGCGGCGAGGGGAUGGGAGGGGGGGUGGGAGGGGGAGUUUGAUGCGGUGAUGGGGGAGGAGAUGGCGGCGGGGAGAAGGCAGGUGGUGCUGGAGAGCAUGGGGAGCAUUGAGGAGUGUGUGAAGGCAUGGGAUGAGUUCCAUGCGCUCACCGUCUCCUGGGAUGCACCAUCAUCCCGUGCCGUCUGUGUGAGAGCUCGUUUAGGAGGCAGCUCGUGGGUGGGGGGAGGGCCGCGGUCGGAUGGAAGAUUCGCCACCUUCAUCUCGCUGCUCGCUGCCUCGAGGUGGCAAGGUGGUUGCCAUGCGAGAGGGUCAGGAUGUCAGCAGCAGCCCCAAGCCUAUGAGCCAGGGGUCACAGGAGGUUGACCAGAAGAUUGGGAGCGGCGGCACUAGGAGGCUGCUGGGGCAGCGACCCUCAUGGCAGCAACGGGUUGAUACGGAGCCGAAUGAUGAUGCCGGUGCUGUCGCACCUGGCACUGUCGCACCUGGCACUGUCGCACCUGGCACUGUAGCACCUGGCACUGUUGCACCUGGCAGGGACACUGUGCCACCUGGGACUGGCACCGUAGUACCUGUGGACAUGGGAGCGUUUCGUGCAUGGACAGAGGAUUUGAGCCGUCGGAUCAAGGGCAUCUCCAUCUCUCACCGUCCAGUUGCAUGGCUGCUUGCUGAGCCCGAGAAGGAAGAUGCUCCUGUCGAUGUUAUCUUGGUGCCCCUCUCCCAAACAUCUGCAUCUAUGAUAGCACAGUGGUCAGCCAAUAACAGGGCGCCACCUGUGUGCCAGUUGCUGCUGGCAGCAAGUUCCUAUGCAGAAUUAGGACUCUUGGAGGCUGCAAUCCAACAUUUAGGGAAUGUCAGAAUGCAAUUAGAGCAGUGUGCAUUUGUAAGGCAUGGAGAGGGUAGACACUGUACCUUCUACUCGGAACUAUUCUGUACAAGAUAGAAGCACACAUAACAAUGCUGUGGAAAGAAACGCAUGUUAAUAUUAGCGCACCAGCUUGUUAUAACAUACGUCUUAUCCCUUCUAA